AUGGAGAGAACAUCUACACUGGUUUCGUUUCUGGUACUGCCAGUGUUAUUUUUUGCAUCAUCAUUUCAUGUCGAUUCGGUAAUGGCGAAAAGAUCGACAUACAUUGUCCAUAUGGACAAAUCAGUGAUGCCCAGAGCUUUUCUCAGCCACCAUGAAUGGUAUUCUUCCAUUCUUAAUUCCAUCAAAUCCACUCCAUUAAACACCCAUAUCUAUACCUACGACAAUGUCUUGCAUGGUUUCAGUGCUUCAUUAACUGAUGAAGAACUAGAAUUUCUCAAAAAGUCACCAGGGAAUAGCGGCCCUGGUCUUGGAACAUCAAACAAUGGUUUCCCCUGGCUAAUGACUGUUGGAGCUGGAAACUUCGAUCGUUGGUUCGGAGGAUCAGUGACUUUAGGAAAUGGAUUAAGCAUACUUGGAUGGAGCAUUUACCCUGUUUCAACCAUUGUUGAAGACUUACCUCUUGUGUACAACAAAACAAUUUCCGGUUGCGAUUCAAGCGUUCUGCUCUCUUCUGCCGAUGGAAUUGUCAUCUGCGAUAACCCCAACCUCUAUUUCCAGGGAGAAGCCGUUUCUAUUUCGACCGUCCCGGCCGUCAUAUUCUUCUCAGAUGAUCCAUCCAUGUUUGAUCAGGGCGAAUUCAAUUUCCAAGGUGUUGCAGUUUCCACUAAAUAUAAAGACAUAGUCUUGAACUAUACGAUGAAUGAUGUCAAACCGACGGCCACAAUUCGUUUCAACCAAACUUUCACCGGAAUAAAACCAGCUCCAGCUGUUUCUGAUUACAGUUCCAGGGGCCCUUCACCAAAUUACCCGAAUAUAUUGAAACCUGAUAUUUUCGCCCCGGGAACAUUAGUUCUGGCUUCAUGGAUGCCAACUGAUAUUAUAGAAACAAUUGGUGACAGAAACUUCUCCAGCGGUUUCAAUAUUAUCAGCGGAACUUCCAUAACAACCAACAAUGACUGUUCUAGCCCUUCGUCCGACAUAAAUUAUCCAUCCUUCAUGGCAUUGUACGAGAAUGGGAACACCACAACAUUGUCCAAGACUUUCAAGAGGACGGUUACCAAUGUCGGAAAUGGUGCUACCAAAUAUCAAGCUAAAGUGGUAGCUCCAAAGGGUUCUGUCAUUACAGUAGACCCAUCAGAACUGAGUUUCCAAAAUAAGAUGGACACUCAAGUCUACUCUUUGACCAUUCAGUAUCAAGGUGACACUAAUUGGACUGUGAGUUUUGGUUCAUUGAGUUGGGUUGAGGUUGGAGGAACACACAUUGUGAAGAGUCCAAUUGUGGUUUCUCCUACUGAUUUUCAGAGUGAAGGAUUAGUGCAUUAA